CAUCUCGAGGCACCACCCAGUGAUUGGAUAAAACUUUCCCCGGGGGGGGGUCUGUCAGAGGCUCCCUGCUUCAGCCCCCCACCUGCUCCCGUCACCUUUGGGGUACUUUCUGAGAUGGGCUCCCUGGCCCUGCUCUAAGCCCCAGGGUCCCCUUUGAGCGAGCGACCCCCCCCCCCAUCACAGCCCACAUCUGGGCUGGGGGGGGCUGCGGGUCGCGAGUGAGGGGCACCGGCAGGCCUGGGGGGCAGGGCUGGGCUAGCAGCGGGCUGUGAGUUGGGAGUGAGGGGCACCGGCAGGGCUGGGGGGUGGCAGGGUUGGGUUAGCACCUCAGCCCCCCUCAGUCCUGCCUCCUUCAGGGCAGGACAAACACCCCCAAAUAUGAGCAGGUGGGAAAGGUUUGGGGGUAACUGGCUUCCGAUCCUACAGUUGUGGGGGGAGCUCAGGGAUUCCCCCAGCCCCGAAAUUCCUCUGCUAGGCUGUUUGGGUGCAUUGGCUAUUUUUUGUGGGGUGAACGCAGACUCCCCAAAACCUGGAGCUCCCCCUUCCUGCUUCCUAGAGCAGCGGGAACCCCAAUCAUUCUACUGCCAUUUCCUGCUGAACUGGGGGGGCAGGGAGCCAUGGCUGUUUGGGGGGUCCAGCAUCACCCCGCUUCAGACACCCCUUUCCCUUCUCAUCUCUGGGGGGAGGCCACAGGGAGUCCCCUGGCCUCAGCCAGCCUGGGGGGUCGAGCAGCCCCCCUCUUCUAGACUGGAACUGAGCUAGCUUUGACGGGGAGAAACGGGGGGUGCCCCAAUCCUGAGCUAGACUAGGGGAGGGGAUCCCCCAAUACUAGGGUGGUGGGAAGGGGGUCCCCCAAUACUGAGCUAGACUAGGGGAGGGAUCCCCCAAUACUAGGGUGGUGGGAAGCGGGUCCCCCAAUACUGAGCUAGCUUUGAGGGGGAAGCUCAGGGGGUCCCCAGGACUCAGCUAGACUAGGGGAUGGGGUCCCCCAAUGCUAAACUCGUCUGGGGGGGCCCUGGAAUUGAGCCAUUCCUUGGGGCAGGCAAGGCAUGGGGAAUUCCCCUCCUGCUCCCACCAGCUGUAGGUUCCCCAAGUGUGUUUGGGGGGACCCACAGGUUCCCGUGUGACAUUGUGUGUGUAUGUGUGUGUGUGUUUUCUUUCUCCAUCCCUUUCUCUCUCUCUCCAUCCCCGCCCUUCUCCCAUCCCUCCAUCCCUCCCCUCCGCUUCGCCGCUUCUCCACACACACAGCCAUCCACGAAUUAACCUCGCCGGCUGAAGGACAACCGGGAUUGUGUAGCGCGCUGUGUGUGUGUGUCUGUGUGUCUGUGUCUGGGGGGGGGGACACCCCCCAGCCCCCUUUCUCCGCAGCCCAGCGGAGGGAAGAAUAAAAGAAGUUCGAUCUCCAGGAAUCUCGCCCCGUCUUUCUCUCCACCAGCUCAUUAAUUUCUGGUGCCGACCCAGCUCCGGGACGGUGCGUGAUUUUCGGAGCCCGCGUCCGCGCUGAUUUCUCCGGGCUGCCGCGCUCCUGGAAAUUUCUGUGCGGGGGGCAGCAGGUUUGGACGGCGGGAGACGGGGGGGGGGGCCCAAAUCCGGACCGCCGGUCGCUUUGGAAGGGAAUCGAUUUUGCCGAGGCCGAGCGGGGUUCUGUUCUCUCGUCCCCGGACCUUGACUGUACCUUGAGCAAGAAAUUUGCACCGGGACCAAAAAAGAAGUGACUACCCCUGGUUGGGGCAGGGAGACGGGGAGACGCUUGGAUUUAUUACCCGCUCCGUGUCCCCCGUCUUCCCGCACGCCCUCGGCCGAUCUGCUGGAAAGGGGAGAAAGAAACCAGCGACCCCCCGGGGCUAAAUUCACCCCUCGCCGGAUUAACCUCGGUGGGGAGAGGGGGGGUGGGUAUAAUCCCCCCCCUCAGAUGGCUUGGCUCUUCUGGGGGAUGAGCACGGCGUGAAACCUGCGAGCGGGACACCGACUGGCGGGGGACCAUGGCGGCCCUGGCCAGCUCCUUGAUCCGGCAGAAACGGGAGAUCCGGGAACCCGUCGCCAGCCGGCCCGUGGCCACCCAGAGGAAGGUCUGUCCCCGCGGCACCAAGUCCCUCUGCCAGAAGCAGCUGCUCAUUUUAAUCUCCAAAGUCCGGCUCUGCGGCGGGCGGAAAGGCCGGCUGGAAAAAACACCCGAGCCGCAGCUGAAGGGCAUCGUGACCAAGCUUCUCUGCAGACAUGGUUUCUACCUCCGGAUGCACCCAGACGGCGCCAUCGACGGGACAAAGGAAGACACCAACAGCUUCACUCUCUUUAACCUGAUCCCCGUGGGACUGCGCGUGGUCGCCAUCCAGGGCACCAAGUCGGGGCAGUAUAUCGCCAUGAACGCAGAGGGCUACCUCUAUACCUCCGCUCACUUCACCGCCGAGUGCCGGUUUAAGGAGUGUGUCUUCGAGAACUACUACGUCAUGUAUUCCUCCACCCUGUACCGCCAGCGCGAAUCCGGCCGCUCCUGGUAUCUGGGCAUCAACAAAGAAGGCCAGCCCAUGAAGGGAAACCGAGUCAAGAAGACCAAAGCCGCUGCCCACUUCCUGCCCAAGCUAUUGGAAGUGGCCAUGUACCGUGAACCGUCGCUCCAUAACGUGGUGGACCCCUCGGCACCCCAGAAAUCAGACGAGGCCGGGGCCCCCAGCAAAGAGACAGCCAAGCCCUGCAAGGCGACGUAACCCCAAGGUCGGGGAGGGGUUUCGGCACCGCUCCAGCCACGCCCCUCCCUUGCAUGUCUGCCCCCUUCUGCUCAGGACGCCUGCCUACCUACAUUCAACCUCUGGACCUCAGAAGAAGAAAAAAUGCCAUCGAGGGUGUGAUACCCUUUGCCAUCACCGGGGGACGACGUUGCCCUGCUGGAGAAAUAUUUAGGGGUUUGCGUGUGUGUGUAUAUAUAUAUAUAUAUGGUCUUCCAUGCCAGCUGAGAGCAUGAUUCCCUGUUUGGCCGACAGGUGGUGACAUUGGGAAAGGUUCUGAUCUAUGCCACCUUCCUUUGGAGCAAUAAGGGCGCGAUGCCUUUUUCGACCAGCAAAGGGCGACGUUGGGAAAGCGUCGGAUUGCCGCAAUAAGGGCGCGAUGCCUUUUUCCGCCAGCGGAGGGCGACGUUGGGAAAGCGUCGGAUUGCCGCAAUAAGGGCGCGAUGCCUUUUCCGCCAGCGGAGGGCGACGUUGGGAAAGCGUCGGAUUGCCGCAAUAAGGGCGCGAUGCCUUUUUCCGCCAGCGGAGGGCGACGUUGGGAAAGCGUCGGAUUGCCGCAAUAAGGGCGCGAUGCCUUUUCCCGCCAGCCGAGGGCGACGUUGGGAAAGCGUCGGAUUGCCGCAAUAAGGGCGCGAUGCCUUUUCCGCCAGCCGAGGGCGACGUUGGGAAAGCGUCGGAUUGCCGCAAUAAGGGCGCGAUGCCUUUUUCCGCCAGCCGAGGGCGACGUUGGGAAAGCGUCGGAUUGCCGCAAUAAGGGCGCGAUGCCUUUUCCGCCAGCCGAGGGCGACGUUGGGAAAGCGUCGGAUUGCCGCAAUAAGGGCGCGAUGCCUUUUUCCGCCAGCGGAGGGCGACGUUGGGAAAGCGUCGGAUUGCCGCAAUAAGGGCGCGAUGCCUUUUUCCGCCAGCGGAGGGCGACGUUGGGAAAGCGUCGGAUUGCCGCAAUAAGGGCGCGAUGCCUUUUUCGACCAGCUGAGGGCGACGUUGGGAAAGCGUCGGAUUGCCGCAAUAAGGGCGCGAUGCCUUUUCCCGCCAGCCGAGGGCGACGUUGGGAAAGCGUCGGAUUGCCGCAAUAAGGGCGCGAUGCCUUUUCCGCCAGCGGAGGGCGACGUUGGGAAAGCGUCGGAUUGCCGCAAUAAGGGCGCGAUGCCUUUUCCCGCCAGCCGAGGGCGACGUUGGGAAAUCGCCCCCGGGCUUGAGACCACCGAGUGGUGACACGGUCACCUUGGGAGAGACUAUUAUAUACGCCAUUUUCCCUUGCAAUAAAAAGACAGCAUGUUCCUCUUUCCCACCAGCAGGUGGUGAUGUUGUCACCCCAGGGGGAAAAGACGGUUCCACCCUCUAGCUGAUACCCUUUCUCCCCACUAGGUGGCAACAUUGUCACAGCAGGAGAGAGUGUUCUAGACAGCACCUUCUCCGGCACACGCCAGGGUGUCGUACCUUCUUCGACCACCGGGGGGUGACAUUGUCACCAGGGGCGGGGGAAGAGAGCCAUCCAUGCCGGAUUUCUUCGCCGUUUCGAUGGAAAUGAGAAGCCAAUCCGGGGGAGGGGAAGGGAGAGGCAACAGGAAACUCCGCCCCUUUUCCCCACCAGCCCCUCCCCCUCCAACAUGCCAAAUUCUGUCCGAUGCAGCCCUGCAAUAACAGGAGACAAAGCCAGUCAAGAGGAAUCUGGAUCCAGACUCCAGGACAAUCUG